CACAAGGAAGGAAGCUGCUUCUAAGAAUACUGCAGCACAAGUAAUUGUUUUUCUUCAUCAUCAAGAUCUUCAAGAACUCAGACCUCAAGGGAAAGAUGAGCGUCAGGUUACUGGUGAAGACAGUGAAACCAUCUUGUCUUGUCACGUUGUUUCCAGGCCACUGACCAAAUAAGAAGCCUUUGUGUUCUUUUCUGUGGACUGCACGACAGAUCAAACAUUCCUGUGCAGUGGCCCAUUUGUCCUCAGAGUCAUAGUCAAGGAUAUAAUGUGACACAUCUCACUCCCUGACACUUGUGCGAGAAUAAAUCUGAAGACAACAUGCAGGAGUGCCACACUGGGUUGUGUCUCUCUGUCUACAUCAUCACCUUUGUGCUGGGCUUCCCCACCAAUGUCCUUGCCUUCUAUACCUUUUGGAAGAAAGUGAAGCAAAAACCCACGCCAAUCGACAUCCUUCUGCUCAACCUGACCAUCUCCGACCUCCUCUUCCUCCUGUUUUUGCCUUUCAAGAUGCAGGAAGCCAUGGAUGACUUGAAGUGGAACUUGCCCUAUGCCCUGUGCCCACUGUCUAGCUUUGUUUUCUACAUGACCAUUUACAACAGUACUUUCUUCCUCACUGCCGUCAGCGUAGAGCGGUACUUGGGUGUCGCUUUCCCAAUCAAGCACACCCUGAAGCGUCGACCCAUUUAUGCUGUCGCUGCCAGCAUCUUCUUCUGGAUCUUCUCCUUCCUCCACCUGAGCAUAGUAUUCAUAGUGCCAUUUAUUGGACAAGAACAUGGCAUGAAUUCCACCUUCUCCAUCUCUGAAAGCAAGAAGGAUGUAUGUUAUGAAAAUUUUACUGAUGCCCAACUGAAGGUCCUCCUGCCUGUGCGUUUGGAGCUCUGCAUAGUGCUUUUCUGCAUCCCCUUCCUCAUUUCCAGUUACUGCUACAUCAACUUCAUCAGGAUUCUGUCCAAGCUGCAACACAUCGGCCGCCGCCGCCGCCUGCGGGCCAUCGGCAUGGCAUUGGGGACACUAGUCGUCUUCGCCUUGUGCUUCGGCCCCUACAACGUCUCACACAUUGUGGGUUUCAUCAGAAAGAGGAGUCCCGAUUGGAGAGACAAAGCACUGCUGUUCAGCACCUUCAACGCCUGUCUGGACCCUUUUAUUUUCUACUUCUCCUCCUCUGCUGUGAGAGGAACUGUUGACAAAUUGAAGCAAGGGGUUAAAAGUCGCCUCUGCAGGUGCAUGUCCUGUCACAUGCUCCAGGCCUUGUGUGGGGGAGCUAACAAGACUGAGAAAGAUAAGGAACACAAACAACAGGAGAUCAAUGCUAUCACAACUGACAGGAAAAGGACUGGGAGCAGCAGCCUCAACUAAUUUCUUCAUCUCUGCAAGCAGGAAAUUAAUACCGCGUUUAUGUUUUUACCCGUGUGAAAAUGACUUGGCUAUGUAUACUGUGGCAGGAUUUGUUUGUCUCACUGAUGAACUUGCAAUGUGAGGCGGCCUUUUGUUUGCCUGAGCAAGCCACAGCAAUUUUUAAAGGCAGCGUAGUGUGUAAAGCUGCGGAGACAGGCAUGCUUUGAACUGUCACAUGAAAUAAAAAAAGCAUUUCUUGCAAUAAGUAGCAGGGUUUCAUAAUAACACCCAUAAUGCAGUGGGGUGUUAUAAAGAUGGGGCGUAGGGAUUGCAAAUAUGCAGCACCUUAGCAAUAGCUUCAACUGUCACUUCCCUGCAAUAAUAUAUGAGCUUGUUCUUUUUUUGAAUUGUUUAUUUCCAUUUGUAAUCAAUAGAGAGAUAUUGUCACUUUGGGCUCAUUAUAUUUCAGGCUUUGGUGAUGUUUUUAUGUGGAUUAUACAUUAUAUUUUUACUGCGUA